CGUUUCAUUACUAGAAGAGAACGAACGGGUAUCAGCACAGUAUAGUUUAUUGGCUCUUGCUAUAGUUUUGAAGUUUAAAGAAUAGUGAAAUCUACUGACCCAUUCAAACCUUCCUGGUUCUAUUAAAAGAGGAAAUUGAAAGAAAUUGAUAAGUUUAAUAAAAAGAAAUUCCUCAGAUUUUCAUACAAAGGAAAACAAUAAUGGGUUCAGAAGAAAUGGCAUUAGUAAUAAAAAAUCUUCAAAAUCUUCAAGAAGAGCGCCAUCGAGGCAAGCAUGAUGAGUAUCCAUUUGCAUUAGAAGGGAAUUACAGAAGGAAAACCACGUUAUAUAAAGUGAAAAAAUUUGUUCAGACAUGGAUGCACAGAUUUUACUUCUCGCUUGUCCCUGAAAGUCAGGAUCCUAGGUGGAUCCCUGGAAACUAUACAAUAACAUAUUGCAAAUCGCCGCCCAUGGCGAUGAUUAUUUUGGCAAUUCUCGCAAUUAUUUCAUACCUAAUUGACGAUUGUCGAGGACUGUUGGCUAACACAAGAAAGCCUAAUUCUAUAGCUUCCUAUCUGGUGUAUAACCCCCAUCGUAGGUACCAGUUAUGGAGGUAUUUGACACCCCUGCUUGUGCACACCGGGUUGCCCCACUUAGGAGUCAAUUUAAUAUGUCAAAUACGUUUUGGUGUCCCAUUGGAAGUGGCACACAGAUGGUGGAGAGUUUUGUUAGUUUACCUGACAGGAGUCCUAGCAGGAACCUUAGCUUCAUCCGUAGCAUCACCGCAAGCAAGAUUAGCUGGUGCCAGUGCAGGAGUGUUUUCAUUGAUAACCUUCGAUUUAAUAUCCUUAAUUGUGGGUGGGUAGCAUUUGGUCCUUAGUAUAUGACGUAGCAUUUGGUUUCUAAACAUUGUUGUCAUUAACUCGAAUAUUAUAAAAGAAGUCGUACGCAUUCUGUGAAGGUUGUGUUACGGUUCGAAAUGUUGUCCUGAUUGGCAUGUGCUGUACAUCGAUAAGUGCAUUACCGAUAAAGGUCACAACCCAUGAUGUUUUGGGACCACAUGUAUUUCCCCAUUAUAUUGUGAACGUAGCAAUUGUUAGACGAAUCAUUUUUUAGUACCUGUUUCAGUAGAAACUUACCCAUGCCGAUAGCUAUCUGUCACCAACACAGUACCAUCUUAAAUGAAGGUUUACAUACUACAUUGUUGAUAAAUGCGUUAAGCAUGGAAUAUCUGUACACUAUGUUCCCCUACACAAGGUGAAAUGUAAAACUAAAACUAGUUUACAAAAAUCGAACUAUACAAUAUUGAAUGACUAGCACGAGGGUUCAUACCACUCCUUGAUCUUUUACAGAUAAUGUUUAAAAUUGAACUGGUCGGAAUUGGAAGCCCCAGCUGUAAAAUUAAUCCUUAACCUGACAGUGUUAAUCUAUUCCAUUGCUUCGUCAUUGCACAAUCGAUUUGUUUCCGGUAUUACCACUGUAAGCGACUCUGCGCAUACAGCCGGUGCAAUGACUGGCCUUCUCCUUGGCAUAUUCGUACUGAGGGCUUUUCAACCCAGCAAGAAGAAGACAAUUAUCGGAUGGUUAUGUCUGGUUGCCUGUCUAAUGUCGAUCGGAGUUGCGAUAGGAUGGCAUUUGUUUUACCCGAAUUAUUUUCCAGAUCAAUUUUAAUAAGUUGUUAAUUAAACCUAGUUUUUGUUAUUUAUAUAUCUGAUGAAAGGGUUCGAAUGUUUUUAGAUCAUUUCGAUGAUAUUGGAAAAGAAAUUGAAUCUCCUGAUGUUUACUCACUUUCACAUUAAUUUCUUUUUUUAUGAAAUAAAACAAACGAACCCUUAUAUAUACAUACCUAAUUUAAUUAACUUUAUAUGUUAAACUUAUUAGUUAUUUCAUUAAUUAUAUACACAUGUGAGGUCCCAGUCUGCUUAGAUAUUGAUGUAUUUGUAGUUUAAAUAGAUGUGUAGGUAUGAAAUAUUUUGCAUACAUGUGGGGCCAAUAAAGUCCAAAAUGCUUCUUA